AUGGACUUUCUGGACUUCUUUCGGGAUCCAAAAGAUGAGUUAGCUGCAUCCCCGAUUAAAGAUGACUUUGGGGUCGUCAUCAAGGACGUGACGGAAUCGGAUAGACGAUCGAAGAUGGUGGUGCGAGAAGUAUUGGAAUACGUGGAUCGAGACAGUUGUCGUGCGGGGCACGUGACGGCAUUGGUUGUGCAAGUUUUGUUGGAGCGGGUGUCUAUGCCAUUGUUGAAUCUAAGUAGUUGUUUAGAAGAUUUGUUGCCGUCUUUGGUAGAGAGAUUUAUGAGUAAGGAAGAGGCUUGGUGGAAAGAGUGGCGAUUACCGCAUUUUGUGUCGUUGACAGAAUUGCGACAUUAUUAUGGCGAUACGUUGGGUGCAGCUAAGACGACUGCACGGGACUUGACCGAGGCGUUACGGUCGGGGCAAAAGGUUAGCUUUGUGCAACGCUGCAAUCUCCGCGAACUCAUUUGGUGUGCCCUCUCUGCAGCCUCACUCAUCCUACCACCCGAGGCCGCACACGCUACACUCAUGGGCUACGCCUGUCGUAAACCUCUACAGUAUGGCUACCUUGCCGGUAUCACCACCGCACGCCAAGGAAAGAAACGAGCACACUUCUUCACUGCAUAUCUUGCGAGCGCCGCCAGCGCCAUCAAAAAUACACUGCAUCCCGAGGAAGCAGUGUUCGGAGCACUCGACGUACUCGCUGGACUACAAGAUACCAAGUGGGAAUGCUGCGAAGAAGACGCUCACAACAUUAUGCCCCUGUCGCUCCUUUGUCUCUGCACCGGUGCCAUCGCCAAGGCCGCCCGUCCGGAAGGUCUGGGGGAAAAAGGCUGGAAGGAAAAAGGCUGGAAGGAGGAAGGCCGGGAGGAGGAAGGCUGGAAGGAGGAAGGCUGGAAGGAGGAAGGCCGGAAGGAGGAAGGCCGGAAGGAGGAAGGCCGGAAGGAGGAAGGCCGGAAGGAGGAAGGCCGGAAGGAGGAAGGGUGGGAGGGAAACCAUAAGGGGGUGGACCGCUCAUUGGACCGACCAUUGGACCGACCACUAAGCAUUUUAUUGGAGUAUUGUCACCGGUUCAUUCCGGCGGCAUGUUUAUGGUCGUGGGUAUCGCACAUGGCCACGGCAGCGCCUUGUGAUCGUGGCGUAGGGGACAUGGACAUCACGCCUUUGGUGCAGAGCAUCGUCUUUGCGUAUGCGUACCAACGUCGUCUUGGUUGUACACUCGAUUGUUUCCGGAGGUUCGAGAAUAUUCGACGGGACGCGCGCAUGAAGGUGGGGAAAGGCGCUUAUUUGGUGCGCAGCGCUACCGACCUGGACGUCUCACAUGACCUGUACAUGGGCGGUCUUUGCAACACCAUGAGCUCUGUCUACAGUCCGGUGUUCUGUUUUACUCAAUUGCUGAAGGUAGUUUGUGUGAUGGGCUCGCAAGCCAAAGCGGGCCCUGAAGAGGGGUUCUACGUUGGUGAGCACUGGAACAGUACUGUGAGUGCUGUCGUACUCUUCCGCUCCGCUAUGGACAUUUAUUACUACAUGCUAGAGCAGGACGUAUUUACAAACAUUCAUAAACUCUCCCUACCGCUAGAUAAGGUUAUUGCAAGUGUCCUAUACUCCUUAGCAGACUACUCACAAUCGCCCAGUGGCGAUUCCGUACUCAGCGAUCAUUGUAGCAGACAAUUACAAUAUAUGAUUUCGCGCUAUGACAAUCACAAUAUUAUUCUCGUACACAAGCUUCUAGUCUUAGACCUACUACAAUACCCACAUGGACCCGUACUUAUUACCACCUUCGUCCACCUCAUUGACAAGUUCAGACAAAUUUGGGUCACGAGAUUGCGAGAAACGCACCCCACCAAAUUCACCUCCAUCUUCUCACCACUUAUUCAACUCUUGGAUAAGGAUGAUGCACUUCUAUUCUGGGGACCGGUUAUCUACUCUCUAACGUUGCUGGCAUAUCAAAUUCAGGAGAGCACUGGACACCCCACUGGACAAGUCACGAAUACCGAUGGACACACCACUGAUGAGAUGGAAAAAGCAUUGAGGAGUCUUGUGAGUUCUAUAGACUCGUACACGCCAAAGUUGCGGCUGGAAUGUCAAGGAAAAGAAGAUGGUGGGCAGUUGGUAGAUAGAAUAUUAUGGCAGAGGGAGCAGAUAUUGAUGUGA